GCCGCCGCCACCACCGCUUCUCCCCGCUGCCUCGGCCCCGGGGGACACCCGUCGCCGCCGCACAGCCGGGGCGCACGGGGGCCCGCCCGCACCGACACACCCACAGGGCAGCGCUGCCUCUGCGCCCGCCGCCGCGGAGGCCGCCCCUGCGCAGCGUGCAACAUGGCGCUGGUGCCGUGCCAGGUGCUGCGCGCCGCCAUCCUCCUGUCCUAUUGCUCCAUCCUGUGCAAUUACAAGGCCAUUGACAUGCCCGCGCAUCAGACCUAUGGAGGCAGCUGGAAAUUUCUGACCUUCAUAGACCUGGUUAUCCAGGCUGUCUUUUUUGGUAUCUGCGUAUUGACUGACCUUUCCAGUCUUCUCACCAAGGGAAAUGACAGCCAAGAACAAGAAAGGCAGAUGAAAAAGCUCAUUUCCCUCCGUGACUGGAUGAUGGCUGUUUUAGCUUUCCCCAUUGGAGUGUUUGUUGUGACGAUGUUUUGGAGCAUUUAUAUCUAUGACAGGGAACUGGUUUACCCCAAGCUGCUUGAUAAUUUUAUACCAGCAUGGCUAAAUCAUGGAAUGCAUACAACAGUUUUGCCCUUUAUACUAAUCGAGAUGAGAACCACACAUCAUCAGUAUCCCAGCAGGAGCUGUGGACUGGCUGCAGUAUGCACCUUUGCUGUUGGCUAUAUUUUAUGGGUGUGCUGGAUUCACCAUGUUACAGGAGUGUGGGUGUACCCACUUCUUGAGUACCUCAGCCCAGGUGUCAAAAUAAUCUUUUUUGCAGCUGUUACCAUAAUAAUUAAUGUUUUCUACUUGCUGGGAGAGGUUCUGAACAACUACAUCUGGGAUACCCAAAAAUGUAAUGAAGAAGGAAAAGAAAAACCUAAAUUGGACUGAACAUUAAGUGCAACAUGGAGGAUUUUUUAUGGCUCGAUAGAAGAUUUCUCAUCACCAACAGAGGUUGGCAUGGAGAGGAAUCUUUUGGAAAAAAGACCGUUUAAUAGGCCUUCUGCUCAAUGCAAGGAUAUUUGAGGGAGUUCUGUGGAGUAAAAAUGAUUUUAACUAAGAACACAAAUUAUGUUUCAGCCUCACUUCCUAUUUCUUCAUGCCUGCAUGUGAUAUACAUAUAUAUGAUGUGUAAUUACCUCCACAGCAUUCUCAACAUGGAUUACUUGCAUCAGAUAAGUCAUUAAACCAUUAAGUCAUUAAAUUUUUCCACUGCCACCAAGAAGGAUUCCACUCCUUGUAUCAUUUGAGAAAAGCUUAACCAGAUAGGUCUAAUAUGGGGAAAUAAAAUAAUGCUGUACUUCAAAGUACUGUGUAGAGAUAUAUUAAAGGUUAAUUGCAUGAAUGUAUCUGAAGAAGAAUUCAAUCUGACUGAAAUAUUAAUGUAACUUUAUGUAACAGUUGCCUUAAACUGGUGAUGUUUAUAAUUUUAACAGUCCAGUCAAAUUUUAUUUGCAGUGAUAGGCAGUCUGAAUAUGAUGGAAAUUUUCUUAAAUAUACCUAAAUAAAAAUCACAUUAUUCCCAAA